AUGAACUCCUACUCCGGCGACCGGUCCUCCUCCCGUCCCAUCACAACCUCCUUCGACUCCUACCAGUUUGACUUCGGGGCCAACCCCUCCCGCUCCUCCACCUCCCGCCCCCUCCGCGACCAGAGGCCAGGCGGCGCCACCAACCCUUCACCGAGGCCAACCACCACAAACACAUGGUCACACCAGCCGGUGAAGACGUCCUGGACUCAUCAGCCAUCCCCGUCUGCGGCCGCGGCGCUCGGAUCCGGGCCUGUGUCCAUGGUCGGCGACAUCUCCGGCCGGAGCUGGUCCGCCACUGCGCCCUCCUCCGGCAUCGGCUUCCCUCAGUCCAACAACCCCAACCUCUUCAGCGACCUCCUCGGGCCGGCGCUUGGAUCCACCCGAGCCCAGUCCAACGCGCCCCUCAGAUCAGCAGCGGCCCAGCCCUCCAAGCCUUCAAGCGCUAAUCCUAGGACCAACAGCUCUUCCUUCUCGAUGGGCGGUAUGGCAAGCACGCUCCCGAAAACCACCGGGGCACCGAUAGCUUCUGGUAGUUAUGGGGUUGGUGGCCGGCCAAUGAAGCCGGCGGGCAUGGCGCCGGCGACCGCGUCACAGCCCAUGGCGCAGAAGAAGGAUCCGUUCGGCUCCAUAGAUCCCUUCGCGGCGAAGCCUGGGUCUAUGAAUGCUGCAAAGCAGGCAGGUUCGGCCAAAUUGGAUCAGGGAUUUGGCGUGUUUCAGGGCGUGAGUUCGGGCGCCAACGCUGGAUUCAGUAGUUUCCAGAAAGCCGGCGCUGGAUCCAGUGGCUUCCAGAGUUCUGGUGCCACGAAGCCUUCCAAUGUUACGCCUCCGCCUGCACCCGCUCCAGCGCCUGUUUCUGCAGCGGUGAACUCUGGCGUGGAUCAUUUUGACACGCUGUUUCCUUCGUCCGCAUCUGCACCAACUGCUUCUGCGGCGAGUAAUGGUGGCGGUGACAUGUUUGGUGAGAUGGAUGGUUGGGUGGACGUGGAGUCGGAGUAUGUUGGUGGUGGUGAUAGCAGUGGCACAACCACAGAGCUGGAGGGAUUACCGCCACCACCGUCUGGGUUGACGGCAUCUGCUGCUAAGGCAAAAGGAAUGGAUAAUUACAAGGGUGGGCAGUAUGCUGAUGCUAUCAAAUGGUUGUCUUGGGCUGUUCUGCUCAUCGAGAAGACUGGGAAAAAUGCUGGUAUUGCAGAGGUGUUGUCAUCAAGGGCCUCGUCCUACAAGGAGGUCGGCGAGUACAAGAAGGCUAUUGCUGACUGUUCGAAGGUGCUUGAGCAAGAUAAGGACAAUGUGACAGUGCUAGUGCAACGUGCUCUCUUAUAUGAGAGCAGUGAGAAAUAUAGGCUUGGGGCUGAGGACCUGCGUUUGGUUCUGAAGAUUGACCCUGGGAAUCGUCUUGCCAGGAGUAUGAUUCAUCGAUUGAACAAAAUGGCUGACUAG